AUGCCUUUGUGGUUGGUAUUCGUUUUGUGUUUGGGUCUUAUUGUUUUCCUACGAAAAUGGCCAUUGCUGAGAUUGGGAUGCCGUCUGCCUGGUCCCUGGGCAUUUCCCUUGUUGGGCAAUGCCCAAAUGGUGGGCAAACUGAAGCCGGAAUUCAUUUUCCUGGUUUUCACAGAGUUGAGGGAACGUUUUGGCAGCACCUAUCGCCUCUGGUUGGGACCACAAUUGUGGGUGUUCCUUCAUACCGCUGAAGAGACGCGUCAGGCUCUACAUGAUCCGACACUACGUAAGGCGGAGACAUUUCUGCAACUGGAGCCCCUCAUUGGUAAUGGAUUGUUGAUCAGUCACGGGGCCCAUUGGACUAGACAACGACGUCUGCUGACGCCAGCAUUUCAGCCGCAAAUCCUACGGCGUUUUGCCCAUCCCGUGGCCAUGCAUGCGGAUCGUUUAAUUGCCAGGCUCAAGGAUUUGCAGGGUGCAAGCAUUGAGGUUACGGAUCAUUUGUUUUCUUGCCUCCUAGAUGCCAUAGUGGACACUUCCAUGGGCAGGCAAUUGGACACUCAACUGAUGACAGAGCAUUCGCCCAUUAUACGGGCUUUCCAUUUGAGCAGUGAGCUAUUAUUUAAGCGCAUGAUUAAUCCAUUGUUGGCUUCCGAUUGGAUCUUUCAACGCACCAAAUUGUGGCGCCGCCUUCGAGUUCAAUUGGAGAUUAUCCAUCAGCUUAUGGAAACGGUGAUCGAGGAGCGUGCUAGAGAGCUUCAGGAUGCAGAGCAGAACAAAUCAGACAAAUCUCGUACAUUGUUGGAUACUUUGUUGCUGGCCAGAUUUAAUGAUGGAUCAUCAUUGAGUCGUCAGGAGAUACGGGAUGAGAUCAAUACCUUUGUCUUUGCGGGCGUGGACACCACCACAGCGGCCAUGUCCUUUGUCUUGUAUGGCUUAGCCAAGCAUCAGGAGAUUCAGGACAAGUUGCUGAAUGAGAUUAAAGAGGAGCAAGCCAACGAUUUGGAUGCUCUCAAUGAGUUGCCCUACUUGGAUGCUGUGAUCAAGGAAAUUCUUCGUCUAUAUACCAUUGUGCCCACCACGGGAAGGCAGACCACGUGCUCCACCAUCAUUGGCGGGCAACGCUAUUGUGCUGGCAUCACCCUCUGGAUAAAUAUGUAUGGCCUGGCCCAUGAUGCCAUCUAUUAUGCUGAGCCCUAUGACUUUAAGCCAGAACGUUGGCUAGCCUCUGGGUCGUCUCCUCCGCCUCCUUUCAGCUAUAUCCCCUUCUCGGGUGGACCACAUGUUUGCAUUGGUCGCCGUUACUCCCUGCUCCUAAUGAAACUGCUCACCGUUCGCAUUGUCCAAACAUUCCGGUUGAAGCUUCGACCAGAGGAUGAGGCCAAGGAUUUGAUCCUGCAAGCUCAGAUGGUGCUGAAGUCUCGCAAUGGCAUCCAUGUGGCAUUUGUAGAGCGCUCUUCACUCUGAUGGAUUUCUCUCAAGUCCGAAAAACAUUAAAUUUUUGUAGCCAAGUAAAAAAUA